UUCUAUUCUCACUCUCUCACAAACGCACUUGUAUGGAAUUACCCUGACCAAGGCGGCCUGUGUCCUAGCGUCCUGCUCCUCGGCUUUGGCUUCCAGGAAUCUCAUUCCUCAAUGAGGGGUAAAAGUGAGCACCGAGGGGGAUCUUCGACACCUUUGUCCUCCAUCUUUGAAAGGGUCGAUGUGCACUUUUUGUGAGCGAGGACAUGGCCAAGGUGUAUAGACUCUAUGCAGGAAUAAUAACAGCUCUCGCUUUAUGUGAAUACUCCACCGCCAAUUGGAAUAUCACAGAGUCUGUUAAUAAAACAGAGACCCCCUGUCAUCGCCAUGGCAACGGAGAUAACUGCACAGCGCCCACUUUAGAUACGGGAGAGUGGAAUGACCAUUUCUCCAAAUGUCCAGAAGAACUCCACCACUACUGCAUCCACGGGGCGUGUCGCUAUAUCAAAGACCAGAAGACGCCCUCUUGCAGGUGUCAGAGUGGUUACGUUGGCUCCAGGUGUGAGUACAUCGACCUGGACUGGCAGAUAGGAGAAAGGCGGCAAAUAAUCAUCAUCAGCGUCAUUGCGGCACUCGUGCUCCUCAUUUUCCUCAUCUUGUUCUUCUUCAUCUGUUCACAUCGCAGGUCCAGAUUGUGCCGGAAGAAGGGACGACAGACGGAGGAAUCAAGGAACGGGACCGAGAAGCUCCAUAUGAUGGACACCAGUGGACACACCUUAGCACCAGACCCAGUGGAACCUCUAAAUAACAACAAUGAUGUAUGAGAUGAGAGCGGUUGUCCGGCUGUCUAUAUUCAGUUUGGAACAUUGUCCUUAGGAUGCACAAGGACAACAAAGGACCGUAUCUCUCUGGGCUGGUCAGGGAUGUGUCCUCCAGAGUCUGUCCAAGAUGGAUGUCAUGAGGCUGCAACCGCGAAGAAGCAGGAGACACUUUGUUGGAUUUACCCUAAAGACAAGCUGGAUACAAACAUUCAGCGGGUGUAUUCUUUUAUUCCCUUGCCGAGGAGCAAGAGGCGGUCGCAGCCGUUGAAGAGCUGCCAACUGCUGUGGGCUAAACAAAUACAAUGUUGCUGUGAUGGGAGAAGCUGCAGCACAGGUGGCAGCUGGUGAUAACAGUUGCUUAGGUUACUUGACAUUGUAUUGUAUACAAAUACUUUAUAUUUGGUUUAAAUCAACACUUAGCAUCAGUUCAUUUUUGAGCCAUAAAACUUGCACAUGUCCUGUACUAAGACAUGUUUCUAGUCAAUGUUAGCAAUACAAAGAGCAAAUCUACCGUAUAUUUUGGAUUAUAAGUCGCUGCGGAGUAUAAGUCGCACAGGACGAAAAUGCAUAAUAAAGAAAGAAAAAACAUACGUCGCACUGGAGUAUAAUUCGCAUUUUUGGGGGAAAUGUAUUUGAUAAAAUCUAACACCAAGAAUAGACAUUUGAAAGGAGAUUUAAAAUAAAUAAAGAAUAGUGAACAACAGGCUGAAUAAGUGUACGUUAUAUGAGGCAUAAAUAACCAACUGAGAAGGUGCCUGGUAUGUUAACCUAACAUAUUAUGGUAAGAGUCAUUCUAAUAACUAUAACAUAUAGAACAUGCUAUACGUUUACCAAACAAUCUGUCCCUCCUAAUCGAUAAAUCCCAUGAAAAAUUCUUCCUCGAUGUCGCUUCUAAACAACUCUGCAUACAUUGAAGGUAUGCGGCUCUUCCUCUUGUCGUUUUCUGCUACAUAUUUCACUACAUCCAGCUUGUAAUCUGCAGUACAUUAUUUCCUUUUCCAUGCCAUUUUUGUUCAGCCCUUCUCAGUUUUUAUAAGUUACCGCCAACGAUGAAAUGAUCCAUUUUAAUAGCUACGGCAGUAGCAUAUAGCAUAUAGCAGUUAGCAUUCCAUAACCCACAAUGCACUUCUGCCAUGACCCUCUCCCACCGAAUUCUUUUUGGUUGACGUGUGUGUGACGAUUGCUGACAUUUUCUUUGUCUCUUCCGCGAAUAAGAUAAAUAAUAUUAUUUGAUAUUUUACGGUAAUGUGUUAAUAAUUUCACACAUAAGUCGCUCUGGAGUAUAUGUCGCACCCCCGACCAAACUAUGAAAAAAACUGCGAUUUAUAGUCCAAAAAAUACGGUAAUCCCAAAUCCUAAAUCAAAGAACAAACCCUGACCUGAGUUCUGAAACCCUAAACCCCUAACGCUAAUAACCACAUGGCAGGGCAGGGUGAUAUGGCCUUUUAUUAAUAUCUCGAUAUUUUUAGGCCACAUCACGAUACACGAUAUAUAUCUCCAUAUUUUGCCUUAGCCUUGAAUGAACACUUGAUACAUAUAAUCACAGCAGUAUGAUGAUUCUGUUGCUACAUUAAAACAUUCUUCUUCAUACCGCAUUAAUAUAUGCUCCUUUUAAACUUCCAUGCAGAGAAGGAAAUCACAACUAAGUCAAUUGACCAAAAGUGUAUUUACUAAACAGUUAUUAAGCAGUUGCACAGACAUUCAUGUCAUUUCCAAAACAGAAAGUGCAAGAUUAUCAGAGACAUUUUAAAACAAACUAUUACUGCACUUUUGUGCAUGAUGUCACUAAGAUGACGUAUCAAAACAACACUAAAUUAAAGUGUACUUUUUGUACAGAACGCCACUACAAUAAUUAAAAACAAAUAAAGUGCACUUUUGUGCAUGAUGUCAUUUAGAUGACUUACCAAAACAACACUAAAUUAAACUACUUUUUGUACAGAACGCCACUACAAUAGUUAAAUACAAAUAAAGUACACUUUUGUGCAUGUCACACAAGAUAUUUCAAUAACUGUCAAAUAAAAGUUAGCUGCAUAACAGGAAAUCAAAUAGUGUAUGUCCUUCGCUAUGUGGUAGGUUCCAGUGGACGUUAUCUCCUGUUGUUGAUUUUUUUUUCAUACGCUGUUGAUCUGGAAAUAGUUGCUUCGGCCUUUUCUCGGUGUGGCACAGGCCGGAUAUGUUGACAUGCAGAGUUUCAAGCACUCCUCAUUCUCUAGCGGGUGACUUUUCAAAUGAUGCUACAUUAGCAGUGCUGCUACUUUAUGUAGCAACGCUUUUGCCGCAUAAAUGUUGAACAUAUUCCCGCUUGAAGCCAAACCACCGCCAGAUGUGCUGUUUUUCUUGGGAAUUUAUUCUUCCUCCAUUUCUUACCAGAUUCGCACCUUCUCUUUCUCGUAUUACCACUCGCACCAUACUGUCACCAUCACAGCUGACGUUACCAUGUCGCUACAAGUCUGCUCUGCGGGAGCGUGUGACCUUGCACAAGUGACGUAUGUAAGAAGGUGCGCUUGUUUUACGUCUCUGUGAGAAGGAGAGACAAGAAAGACUGGGAAACGCAUGCAGUGUAAUGACCGCACCUAAAAUCAACUGCGUGAGAACGUAUAUUCGAAAAUCACGAUUGUCUAUAUCGCACAGAGACAAACCCGCGAUAUAUCGAGUUUAUCGAGUAUAUCGAUAUAUCGCCCAGCCCUACCACAUGGUACACAAUCCUUAAACCUAAGGGCAAGCAUUUAACCAAAUGUAUGUACCCGUUUUCAAACUAUCUGCAUUACCCAAUGUCCUAUUUUUAAUCGCUUUUGCCAAUCAAUUACCAUGGACAAUAGAGUGCACAUAAAUAUAAGCUACACUUACUUACUUCUUGGACAAUUUCCAAGUCUAAAAGCCACACAGGCGACAUACUGUAGCCUACUGGUAAAGCCAUUGAGCUCUCUACGUCCUUCUCCUUCCCCCUGCACACUGAAUAUCCUGAAGUUGCCUCCUUUGGCCUUCCAUUAGUGGUGGUAGAGUUCUUGCGGCCAUUUCCGUUUCUAUUUUCAAUGGCCAGGUUGACCAUCUUCGGCUUUGGGGGUCUGCGUCUUCUGCAUUUCAUUGUUUCUCUCCCUGACGAUGGUGAGUCCAUAACGCACUACAGUAAAUGGCUGACUGAAUGAUUGUGUGAGUGUGAUUCAUUUAAUGUGAAACAGUUUCUUUAGUCCACCAUGACCCGUUUGGCAAUUUAAUCGGUGUAAUGUGACAAAGCUAAAUUUAUUGGUAGAAUGAAAGGCUUGUGAACUCGAAAUAUCCACAAAAUAGCUGCAACGUUAUAUAAAGCACAGUUGAAAGUGUGGAAAAUAAGUAGCGGCUUAUAAACUUACGGUAGAUAGGGUUAACAUCAUUUCCUGUACGUUAGGAUUGAUCCUAAACCCAAACCCAAUAGCUAACCCUGACUACUAACACUAAACUUGAACCCAACCUGUCAUCAGUUAUUCGAUUAUUUGUCAUCCAAUUUCUACAAUGUCGGUUGUUUUUGGUGAACAAAAGAAUUUGCACCCCUAAAUCUAACUUGAACCCUCAGUUGUCUACAACUGUUUGGAUCAUCUAUUGUCCUAUCAGAUGUUUAUUUUAGAUGUACUUAGUUCUGAUGUUAGGUGAGCGAAGGAAGUUAAUGGUACCCUUCUGGCUCACGGUUCUUACAGUUUUUACUUACCCUCGUAUCUAAUCAAAUUGGUGUGCUCAAUUUGUUUACCUUCACAAGCAACCUAUCGGUAAAUAGGAAAGGACAGCGUUUGAGACUCCGAACUUGAAGAAGUACGCACAAAGGAGGGUUUGUACCUGAAUAUAUUUGAGAGCUAGGCAACGUCCGAGUGGAACAACCGAGCCAGUGUGGAGUAGAGGGAGAGUGGUCUAAUGUUUGCAUGGCUCACUGAAUAUGUUAAAAGAGAAAAGUUAAUGAAGUCUGUUCACUUAUUUAAGACUCACAUGUUUGCAUUACAGUGGUUUGCUGUUUGUAUUUACAGUAUAUGAAGACUCACAAUAUCAACCAUAAAACUAUUUCAGCUA